ACCAAAAUAGUCUAGCUUACCACCUCCUCCUCCAUUGUCAUCGUCUUCCUUCUCAUUUUCUCAUUCAUAAUGGGCGUCUUCACUUUCUCCGAAGAGAACAUUUCCGCUGUUGCUCCAGCGACACUAUACAAAGCUCUGGUCUUUGAUGGCGACAACCUCAUUCCCAAGGUUGUUGAUGCCGUCCAGAGCGUUGAGAUCCUCGAAGGCACUGGUGCCGCCGGAACUAUCAAGAAGAUUAACUACCUCGAAGAUGGACAAUUGCACUACGCGAAGCACAAGGUGGAAGCCGUGGACAAGGACAACCUGGUGUACAACUACACCUUAGUGGAGAGUGACACUUUCCCUGAGACACUGGAGAAGAUCGCCGUCGAGACCCAGUUGACGGCCGCCCCUAACGGCGGAUCCGUCGUGAAGGUGACGGUCACCUACGUGACGAAGGGAGACGCCAAGCCCAGCGAAGAAGAGCUCAAGAUUGGGAAGCAGAAGGGAGACGGACUCUUCAAGGCUGUUGAGGCUUACGUCUUGGCCAAUCCCUCUUACAACUGAGUAUAUAUAUUAAACAGGAUUAUAUGAUUAUCCCUAUCUACAUCAAAGCCUUCGCCACUAAUAAGAGCUUCCACUUAAGGAAGUUUGCAAGUUUUAUUCAAUUAAUUAGGUUUCUUCUGAUUUUCUUGUCUGUGUCUUUUGUAAUGGCUGGAAUUUGAUAUCCGUCGUCGCCUGUCGC